AUGGCCAUGCACCGCGCCGCCGCGCUCGCUCUCCGCCGCCUCGCCGCCGCAGCGGCGGCGGCGGCGGCUCCGAGCCCCAUCUCCCUCCUCGCCCCUCUCCGGCCGGUGGCGGUGGCAGCCACCAACGCCAGAUUUCUUCUGCAGCCUACGACCGCGGCGGCUGCUGCUGCUACUUUGUGCGCCCGGCGCGGUUACGCGGCACGCGGCAGCGCGGGCCGGAAGGCUGCGGCGAAGGCGGUGAGCGACGACGAGGAGGAUGAGGAUGAGGAUGAGUUCGAGGCUAUGGGCAGCGACGAGGAGUUCGACGGCGACUUCGACGACGAGGAUCUCGAUGAAUUCGAGGACGACUCUGAGGAUGACUCUGAGCACGACGCCGCGCCCAAGCGCGGAAGGCGCUGA